AUAUGGAGAAUGAAAAACACCAACAAGCUUGAAAGAUAUCUAAUUCAAAUUUCUUUAUUUGGGAAUAUAUAACAAGGACCUUUUUUUCUUAGCAUCUGGAAAAAAAAAUCACACUUCUCCUAGUGUCAUUUGAAAAUUCUUCAGCUACCCAUAGAUUUUAUUCCUCAAUAUUACAAAAGUCAUUCAUAAAUUUCCCACAUGUAAGUUCAUUCACAGUUGUGUUAUAAGGAAAUAAGGGCAUUUAUCUUUUAGAAAAUUUUUGAAAUGGAAAAUGAGACUUGCUAUAAGUCAUAGUAGAGAAAAUAAAGGGCUGAAGUUCUUUUGCUUCCAGCUUUUUUUUGUCUCUCUUGCCUUCAGACCAACUGAGAAACUGAAUUGUAAAGUGGGUUGGAGAUUGGUACCUUCUAUCUGGUGUAGAGAACUAGAAAAACAAUAGUAAAAUUUUAGGGGCAGCUACGUUUGCCUAAUAAGUAGGAAGACUCAGAGACAUUUCUCUGAAUCAGAUGCAUAUCUAUGAAACCAGAUCUGAUUCAUCAAACUGUCGUGUUCUUUCAUAGUACAGCUAAAAGGUGUCUUGGAAAAAUGGGCCCAUGAUUCUGACCUGAAAUUCCUGACCUUGAGUGUUGAGGAGAUACUAAAACGGCUGUCAGUAAUCAUCCCUAGAACCAAAGUUUUCCUCAAAAUUGUCAACUUAAAAUACUUAGAAGAAUUCCAAGAGACUCUACAGCCAGAGUUUUGGAAGCUCCCGCUUUCAUGGAGUCACACAAAUCCCUCCAUGAUUUACUCCAAGUUUGACACGGCACAUCCUUUUCUAGAAAAAUCAAGUGAUUCUUGCAUGACACUGUUACUAGGAACCAAGGAGAAGAAUGGACAGCCCUGCAAAGUCACUGACUUCUGCAAAGGAAUAAUGACUGCACCUGGAAAAAGUGGUGAAGAACUGGUAAAACAGCUUUUCUACUUCCUAAUAGCUAAAAUGAAAGGAUGCUCAGGUGAUAUGUUCCUCAAAUCAAAAUAUUACAUGGACAUCUUUUGUGCUAACAUGAUGGAAUUGAACUUGAAAAGAGAAAAAAAUGGAUUCUCAUUCCAGAAUAAAGGUCUCUUCAUGACAAAUAUCAUGCUCUGUGGAUUUUCUGGGUAUUCAGACUUCUACAAGAUCCACUGGAUUAACACUAUUCUCAAUUGGCAGAAUUCUAAGGAAGGAUGCUACUGGAAGAUUUUUGUCAUUGGAAACCAGCCAUUAAGGAGAAAUAAUCACCUUGAAGGUGGGUGUUCUUCCCUGAAUACAGCAGUAGCAGUUGUUUCCUUGGGUGGCUUUCUUUAUUACUCUGCAGAUCAUUCACUAACCAUUUAAUAAUUCCCAUUAAUGUCUUACAAUAACCAAUCAGUAACUAAAAUGGUUGACUCUGUACCUGAUAAACAUUUUUGUAAUAUGUUUUCCUGGGUCUGAGUUUGCAUAUGUUUGUAAAGAAAGAAAUAAGCUAAGUAGAUUCAAACAAUUAGAAAAACCUUUUGUUAUUCUAAAUCAAGGCCAGGAAAGAUUGAGGAAGGAGCAGAGUAAUAGUAUUAAUCAUAUCUAGAAAAAUGAUUCUAUGAAUGGUUUCCAGGAAUAAUCAAAAUCAGUUGGAUUCAACCAAUAUUAAGCACCUUUUAUAUUCAGAGAACUGUGGUGGAGGGAAGAUGCAAAGAUGAAUAAGUAUUGCUUCUCUCACAGAACUUACAGUAAAAGUAUCUCUUCUUGUCUCCUAAUAUAAUACCCCUGGAAAAGUAAAUUCCAAUCAUCCCAUACCAGGAAAUUCUGAGGCUGGGUGUUUCUAAAUUUUACAAAUCCCCACCUAUCACAGAGUAGAAAGUAUUACAUAUGACAUGAUAAAUAAGUAAAUGGUAAAUACCAGGAACAGGAUAUUAGAAUGAUCAUAAUUAAAAUAUUGUAUUUUCACAACACUUAUUUACUGAGGUAGUUCCGUCCCACCCUGAACAUUUCUUUCUCAAAAAUUAAUGGUAUCUGAUUUUAAGUUAUAAAUGAUUAUUCACAAUACCCACAAAUAUGAACUUUGUAAUCUCAUUGAACUUACCAACUAUAGACUAUUAAUGACUUCUUCAUACUCUGCUCUGCUGAUGAUCCCUUUUGGGCAACCUAAAUACUAUUUGAUAGUUUUCUACAGCCCAGCUCCUCUGCUUCCACAAUCUGUGUAACUAUCUUUAGAGAUAAUCAGUUUUAUUAAGGUAUAUGUCUAGACUAAUAAAUUAAAUUUGCAUUCAA